CAUAUGCUGGUGAGGCCGAGGCUGUCGAGCAGUCUGCCCCCUCUGAAGCCUCCAGACUCCAGGGAGUCAGACCCCCAUCCCCCAGAGAGACUGGAAGAGCUGCCGCACCACGCGUGGAGGGAAGGAGGGAUUCAGAGAGGAGGGGGGAGAAAAAGAGACCGGCAAAGAAAGCCGCAACGGUAGGCUGUCCUACUCAACUUUUUUGCUGUGAUGACGUCAGAGCCAUGUGACCCAGGCUCUCCAGUGACAGCACAUGGAAGACAGGAAAGAGACAAGUUUUAAAGCUGGUGCUUGUUGGGUUGUGUGAGGGCUCUGCUCGCCUCCCAAACAACCACAGAACCACAGACGUGCGGCUCGGGGUUGUGUGUUUGAGAGCGACCUGGAGCGUAAAUGGUUAAUCGUCGCGGCUCGGCAUCAGUCACAGGGACCGCGCUAAGCGAGUAAGUAAGCUUCAACCACACUCGCAGAGCAAGCUAGCCCAACACCAUCCGAUCCAUCCGCAAAAACGAUAUUUGCCUCAACCUUUUUUUUUCUUCGUAAAACCAGACCUGGUCAUUACUUGUGGUCAUCUGAAUAGUUGAUACAAAAAAGCAGUUCUUGUGGAGGUUUUUUUUCUCCUUUUUUGCCAUCUUCAUGACAUGGUGCGUGCUCUUGGUUUAGGACGUGUCAAGGGUCACAGAAACCACAGAGGAACAAAAGUGGGUCUCGCUGCGACCAGAGGCAGUUAUGGCAUCUAACAGCCUUUUCAGUACGGUGACACCAUGUCAACAAAACUUCUUCUGGGAUCCCAGUGCCAGUCGGAGGUUCAGUCCACCGUCGAGUAGCCUGCAGCCGGUCCCGGGAAAGAUGAACGAUGUGAGCACACCGACGGGUCAGCCGGACGCUGCAGUGCCAAGACUGCGUCCGCACGAAAACCGCAGCAUGGCCGAAAUCAUCGCUGACCACCCGGCGGAGUUGGUACGGACUGACAGUCCCAAUUUCCUCUGCUCAGUCCUGCCCUCUCACUGGCGCUGCAACAAAACCCUUCCCGUCGCCUUCAAGGUGGUGGCGUUGGGAGAGGUGUCUGAUGGGACCGUCGUCACGGUGAUGGCUGGGAACGACGAGAACUAUUCCGCGGAGCUGCGGAACGCCUCUGGAGUGAUAAAGAACCAGGUCGCCCGCUUCAACGACCUCCGCUUUGUGGGGCGCAGUGGGAGAGGAAAGAGCUUCACCCUGACAAUCACGGUGUUCUCCAACCCUCCACAAGUGGCCACUUACCACCGGGCCAUUAAGGUCACAGUGGAUGGACCACGGGAGCCCAGGAACCCACGCCAGUCCCAGGCCUCUCCACCCUGGUCCUAUGAGCAGACUUACCCCUCUUACCUGAGUCCCAUGGCCUCCCCCUCUGUUCACUCCACCACCCCCCUCUCCGCCAGCCGGGCCACAGGCCUUCCUGCCAUCAGCGACGUGCCCCGACGCCUGCCAGGUACGUCUGACCUGAGCCCGUUCCCAGGUCAGUUUGAGCGCCAGUUUCCCAGCCUCUCUCUGACAGAGAGUCGUUUCUCCAGUCCCAGGAUGCACUACCCCGCCACCUUCACCUACACCCCCCCGGUCACCUCCGCCAUGUCGCUGGGCAGCACCCACUACCACACCUACCUGCCCCCACCCUACCCCGGCUCCACCCAGAGCCAGAGUGGACCCUUCCAGACCAGCAGCACCCCCUAUCUCUAUUACGGAGCCUCCUCCGGCUCGUACCAAUUCUCCAUGGUUCCGGGGGGUGAUCGUUCACCGUCCAGGAUGAUACCACCCUGCACUAGUGCUUCCACAGGCAGCUCCCUGGUUAAUCCUAACCUGCCCAGCCAGACGGACGGGGGAGUGGAGGGGGAGGGGAGCCACAGUAACUCCCCCACCGUGCUCAACCCUGGAGGUAGGAUGGAUGAGGCCGUCUGGAGGCCCUACUGAGACCAGGGACAACAAGAAGGGAAAACAUCAACUGAUGUUCUGGUUUUAAAGCACAAAACCUUUUGGGAGAGUUUUGAGUUAUGCAACAAAUUAGCAGAAAGAAAAAGAAAAACUAUCUCUUCCGUUUCUUGGAAAUUAACGUCGAGAUAAAAGAAAACAGACUUGUGUGAACUUGUCUUCCUGGAAUGUGUUUUGACCAAGGCACUACAAAGGGAGUUAUUCUCACAGCAAUAAUGAGAAAGACACAAGACUAUUAUGGUUUACUAGACCAGAGUGGAUAAAACAUUAUUCCAGUUUUAUGAUAAUCCACGAGCAAAUGGAUUGUUCAGAUACUUUGUAAAAGACAGCUUCUUUUGUAGUGUUUGUAUUUCUAUAAGGCUUUUUGCAGAGCAUGUUUUUGUACUACGACAAUAUAAAGAUGCAGGUUAAGCACUGAGUAGCAAGCGAUGAGAGUGACACUUAUGUUACCUUUGGUGGUAUGAACAGCAAAUUUGCUUUAAAAUGUCUAUACGCUCAUUUUAAAUCAUUUAUUUAAAUUGUAUAUUGUGGGUGAGAGGAUGGUGUGAAUUAAGGAGGUUUUUUUAAGGAGUUUUAACUUAUAAAGCCAUAAAUUAUGUAUUGUAUUUGAAACUUGAGUCGUAGAAUUGUAAUCUGAAUAUUUUUGAUGCAUGAGUAAGUUAACAUUGAUUUUGAAAGGUAAUUUAAAGAGUGAAAAGUUUAAUUUCUUUACAACCCAAAGACCCUCUUACAAUGUACGUUUUGACGUGAUUUACAAAGACUAUGACAGCAUAUUUCCUCUGCAAUUACUUUCAAGCUAGAUUUCACCACACCUAAAGCAACUUAUUUGGCCUUGAAUUGACCCAUACAAUACACCGCAAUUACAUUUAUUGUGUCUGUUGGCAGUUGUCAAUGCCAGUCAAAUUUAAUGUUAUUAAGGAUUUAUUCCAAAUCACGAAAACAAUUAUUUGGUCAGGUUUAAUCUAUUUUAAUUGCUUUUUCUGUAGAGUGAAAAUAUAGUUUUUUGGCAGUCACAGGGAGAAACUAAAUGGAUAGGUUGGUGGGACCAGUUAGAAUGGAUUCCUUCACAGUCUCAGAUUAUAACUUGAGAUCCUCAACGGUGUGCCAUGUUAGGAGAAGCACUGCCUGGAGCGCUGCAGUGGAGAAGGUCAGAGGGGGACUGUGUUAUGCAUACAGUACAGUGAUGCCUUCUUAUGCCUGGAGUUCCACUUCAGUGAGCUGGAGUCCUAUGUCUUCCUGGAGUCACUUCCUCAUGAAUUUCACACUUUCAGGUUUAACAGCUAAAUACUUUAGUCAGAUAUUAAGUUUAUACAUGAUCCCUGAGACCUUUGCUGUUUCAGCAUUACGUGCGAGAGAUGACUUUCUAAAAGUUUGUCAAAGUGUGUAACACUUAUGAGCACAAAAUCAAGACCCUGUCACGGCCACAGCCGUGCCCCCCCCGGUUUCAGUUUUUUGCCCUGCCCUAGUGUUUCCCUGUCAUUGUCUUCAUCUGUUCUCGUUAGCGUUAUUGUGUCCACCUGUGUGUCGUUUGGUUCUGUGUAUUUAGGUUUCUGUUUUGUGUCCAGUCUUUGUCUUGUCCUUACCAUACCUGUCCGUGUGAGUACCCUAUCUGUUCCCCGUUUUUGAGAAUAAAACCCUUGUUUCUGCCAUGCCUGCCGACUCCCCUGCGUUUGGGUCCAACCCCACCUCACGUCGUGACAGACCCUUUUAAAUUUUUUUUUGUAUUUCUUAAUUUCAUCCUUUCACAGUUGUGCUGUCGAAUUGAUCUCUGUUGAAAACAGUUUGGACCAAAUAUCUUCUGCCCAUUUCUGCCCAUUUCACUUUUUAUUUUAUUUGUCUGCUUCGGUGUCAUGUUUUACAAAAUGGGGUUAAAUCAUAUUACUGCCCAGUAUUACAGACUGUUGGAUCGACUCUAGAGAAACAGAAGAGAAAUGGACAUGUUUACAGUUUGCAAUUACAAGUGUGUUGAGAUUUGAGAAUGCAAAAAAUGUAGAACUGAAAAAUGCUUCCUACGUGGUGAUUGGAUGCAGCUGCUGACAGCAAACUGGAAACAAACAGGAUGGGAGAGGUCGUUUGCAUGUUUCUAUCAUAUAGCACUUACUUCUGGACUUAUUUUUACCAGCACUUGCGGGAGUCUGCCAGAAGGUUCGUGGGUUUGGUCCUCUCUACCAGUGUAACACCACUGGAGUCACACACAAUGGAUAACACUUGGCUAAACAUGCCAUUUAUAUUGGAGUUGAAUUUGAUCUCAAAAGGCAGUCAGUAUUUAUUUUAAAAAUACUAUUUUUCCUCUUGCAAGAUGUAUUUUUCAGUGGAUGUUGGCAAUACAAGAAUGUUGAGAAAAACACUGCGAUUUACAAAGUUCCAAGUCCAUCCUUCUCCAGUAGAGGUUUGCACACAGUGUCUUGGUCCCAGUCUGUGUUGUGGAUCUCCUGAACUCUUUUGAUGUCACCAGAUAUUGAGGCUCUGGUUUUGGCUCUGGGCCAAGUGAGCGUAAACAGUGUUGAGUCUUUAAAACACACAAAUACUAUGUCAUGUGUAUGUCAUACUAUGUCAUGUCUGUCAUACUAUGUCAUGACUAUGUCAUGUCACACCAUGUCAGAUGCACCCGAUAAAAACAGCUGUCAGUCGCAACAGAAAAUGUCAGUUCCAUUUGUUCCCCGUUUUUGUUGACAACCAAGAGCACAAAGUAGAAAAGGCAGUCUCUCUAAAGGUCCAACAAAACAACCGUCCUUUACUGACAGACAUCAGGUUAGAUCUACAUGUAUAUCAUCACAUCAUCACCCUUAAUCAUGGUACUGAAACCUUGCUUUGUUUCCAAAAGGUGUUUGUUCUGUUGUCACCCAUAAAAAGUGGAUUCUUGCAUAGUUUCAUCAUGAGAUUGUCAUUGAAAAUGCUGAAAGAAAUGUGUAAUUCAAUCAUCUAAACAUGGACGCCCCCAGUUUUAAGAACUUUUCUUUCCUUCUUUGUCUUUGUUACACUUGGUCAAACCUUCAGUCAGGAAAUGUAACUGUCUUCAUUAUUAUGCUGGUUGUUCAUAUCUGGGCGAAGAGUUUGUUUUUUUAUUCCAAAAGGGACUGGCAACCUGACAACAGUGAGUGAAAUUGGCAUUGUGAUUGUAUAUUUGUUUAUGUUUAAGAAUAAAAGAGGAUUUUUGUUAAUAAGACCUUCAUAUCUCUCA